AGGCUGAGCACUAUGAAAGACACCGGCCGAGAAGUAACACGUUAAGGAAGAGGACGUCGAUUGGAAAUCAUCCUAAAAUUUGGAGUUAUUGCUUUUAUCGUAAUGGCUAGUUAAGAUUUGCUUAUAGUUAGAAUUUAGUCAUGGCGUAUAAAUAUCUUCAAUAAGUAAUUUACUGUAGCAUAGUGGCUGUACAGUUAGAAGUAUCUUUAACAGGGAUUUAGAGCACUGCAAAUUUACAGGUGCACUAUUUUAUUUAAUUGAGAAUAUUUAAAGAUGAGUUCUGUGGGACACUUAGUGUACAGUAGGUGGUUGUUUCACCACACUAAACCACUAAGUGUCAACACAUCAAGACUGUUCAGCACUACCAGAAGCAGCAUGACUAUUAUGCCUGCCUGGGUUAUUGAUACAUACGGAGGCAAUGAUGUGUUUCGGUUUACUAAAAAUGCCAGUUUCCCCGUCAUCAACUACCCCAAUGAGGUCAUUGUUAAAGUGCAGGCAGCAGGACUGAACCCACUAGAUGUAAACAUGAGAGGUGGCUAUGGUGCUGCAACAAUGUCUAUGAAGAGAGACCCUCUGAAUAUCAAGCAGUCAGGCAGCGAGUUCCCUCUCAUCCUGGGAAGGGAUGUGUCAGGGGUCAUCAUGGAGUGCGGCCUGGAUGUGAAGUACUUCAGAGAAAGGGAUGAGGUGUGGGCAGCUAUCCCGCCAUGGAAACAGGGCAGCUUGGCAGAGUUUGUGGUGCUGAGUGCCAAUGAGGUAUCCCACAAGCCAAAGUCACUAAGCCACAGAGAGGCAGCAGCCAUUCCCUAUGUGGCAACCACAGCCUGGUCGGCACUGGUCAACACCGGGGGGCUCAGUAAGGACAACUGUGCCAAGAAGCGGAUUUUGAUCCUCGGGGGAUCCGGUGGAGUGGGAACAUUUGCUAUACAGAUGCUGAAGGCUUGGGGAGCCCACGUGACUGUUACCUGCUCCCAGAAUGCAGAGCAGUUUGUAAGGGGCCUGGGGGCAGACCAUGUGGUGGACUACACUGCCGGACCUGUUGAGGAGCCGCUCAGUGCUUUGGAAAAAUUUGACCUGAUCCUGGAUAAUAUUGGGGGGGACACGGAGCGUUGGGCGCUGAAUCUGCUUAAGCCUUGGUGUGGCGCAAAGUAUAUCACCCUCGUAACACCGUUCAUCCAGAACACUGACAGGCUUGGCAUUGCUGAUGGCAUGAUGCGGACUGCUGCCACAGUGGCCACCAAAAUCCUCAAACACCUAGUCAAAGGAGUUCACUACCGCUGGGGAUUCUUUGCACCUAGUGGUCCCGCACUGGAUGAAAUAAGGGAAUUAGUGGAUGCAGGAAAGAUUCGGCCAGUGGUGGAUGAGACGUUCAGCUUCUGCCAGGUUCCUCAGGCAUUCGAGAAGAUGGAGAAAGGGCAUGCUCGUGGAAAGACCGUGGUCCUGGUCAGCAAAGGGGGAGAAGAAUUAUAGCGCCGACUCUGGGAGACUUUUUCAGCACAAUCCUGAAACAAACUGAAUUAAAGGCAUUGACAUGCAAGGUUAGGUUAGCUUAUUGUAUCCACAGGUGCAAACAAGGUCCAAGAACAAGGCUAUUGCUUCUUGUUUCUUGGGGCUGUGAAGCUACAAAUGUGUAUGUAAGAAUUAAAGCUGCUUGUGUAUGCUUUACAAUUUAUUUUUUAUACUCUCAAUUCAAUAAAAGAGCACAUAGUUA